AUGAGUGAUUUAAAUUCUGCUAUUGAACAAGCAAGGCGAUCUCUCGAAAUCCAUGAUUCUAAAGCAGCUCUUAAAAUAUUAAAACCUUUUAAAAAAUCGUUAAAAAAUGAAAAUGCAUCUAAUGUAAUACUGUAUCAAUUAUUUGCAGAUGCUUAUUUAGAAAAUGGUCAAUUGGAUAAGGCCUAUCCACUGUUAUAUCACGCAUGUGAAAUUGAUCUAAAUGGUGAGCAGGGAGGUUCAGAGAAAUUCUUUAUGUUGGGUCAAGCAACAGGUGGUGAAGACGGUAUCAAACUGAUCUUCCAAGGUCUGGAGAAUAUCUCCAAGAAGGCAGGGGAUAACAUUACACAGGAACAAGUUGAUAAAAUUGUGGAUGGUCUUCUAACCACCAUUGAAAUCUGGAUGACAGAUCUAUGCAUGGAACCAAAUGCUGAAACUGAAUGCGAAGAAUUAAUUGGUAGAGCAAUGGAAAUAUCUGAGGGCAAAUCACCCGAAGUUUGGGCUACAUUGGGAUCAAUACGUAUAUCGCAACAGAGGUACAGUGAAGCUUGUGAGGCCUUUGUCAAUUCAUGGAAAUUUUUCGAGAUAAAGAAGCAAGACAUUGAAGCAGCAAUUAGAAAUAAUGAGAAUUCGUCUCAUGAGCAAUACGCACAGUUAGUACAACCACUUUUAUCAUUGGCAAAGAUGUGCGUCGAAAUGGGUCUUUACGAAAUCUCACUGCAAAUUUUAGGAGCUGUAAAGGAUGUUGAUGAAGACAAUCUAGAAUCUUAUUAUUUGGAAGGCUUUACAUUUUACUUAAUGGGUAAAUUGGAAUUGUUUAAACAGACUCAUCCGGAUGCCAAUGUUAAUGCUGAUAACAUUUACGAAUUUAAUGAACAUUUCCAAGAACUACCACUAGAUUUGAAUAACGAAUCGAUUACAGAAAUAAUACAAGACGCUAAAUUAUCAUUGAGUUUUGCAUCCAAAUUAGCACAGAACGCUGAACCUGACGAUGAAUUAGCCCAAGAAUUAUACGCGGGUUCAAUUCAAGUAUUGUCAGAAAUCGGUGGACCUCUAGAUGACAGUGAAUUGAUUAAGAUAAAGAAAGGUGAAGAUGAUGAUGGAAACGAGGAGGAACAAGAUAUUGAGUUCGAAGACGGAGAAUAG